AUUUUCUCUGCCAAAGCUCAUUUCCAAAAGGGUUGUUGUUCUCUCUCUCUCUCUCUCUCUCGAACCUCCGAGAUUUUGGAUUCCGAAGAAUCUUACCUAGGGUUGCUAGCUGGUGGUUUUGUGGACUGAAGUUUUCGGAUUUCGUCUCCGGUCAAUUUUUGUUGGAUUUUCUGGCGUUUUACUGGUUUUCCGGCAAAGGAAGGAUUUGUAUAUAAAACUGAUGGAAACUUCAAACAGUUCUGGUGUCGGCUGAAUGCUUGAAGUAAUGUCAGAAUUGUGCAUGUAUGAGUUAUCACAGCUAAAAUUCUGCAACUGCUGUUACAGUUUGAAGACAUAGUUUGGGAUGAGUUAUGCCAUACCGAUGAUCGUUUAGUGCCCCACCCAGAAUCUGAACAACCAGGUUAUCAUUCCAUUCUGGGUGAUAGCCACAAGAAACUUUGCCGUGAAACAACUAGUAUUUCAAAUCAUAUCAGAGAUAGAACUACAGCUAGAUAUGUUGAUCAGGGAAGAGAACUACAGGAUUUUUCAUCUUUGAGUAAAAGAAGGAACAUGAUGUUGGAUAAAGAUUCAUGGCCCCACGGACCAAGUGACAUAUUUCAUUCUUCGUCUGACAGCGCCUCAAUUAAAGAAGCAUCAAGUUUAGCUUCUGAGAAUGCCACAUCAUCAAGUCAUGCCCUCAAGAGGAAUAAUGCAGACAAGAAAGGUAGUGAAGUUUGUGGAAAUGAUACCCUUCUUGGUGACAAGACCACUACAGUUGAUAACAACUCUUUCAAUUACCCUCUUGGUGACAUAACACACACUGGCAAUAAUCUCGAGUUCUUUGAUAACACCGAGGACAAAGAUUCAAGUGAUUUCUUGUAUUAUGGUUGGCCUGAAAUAGGAAACUUUGAAGAUGUUGACAGGAUGUUUAGGAGUUGCGAUUCAACAUUUGGACUUGGGGCCAGUAAAGAAGACGAGUUGGGUUGGUUUUCAUCAACAGAUAAUAUAGGUGGGUCUGGAGAUGUUGUGAACGCAGAUGUUAAUAGGUUUCCAUGUCCUGAGUCAAAUCUGGUGGAAACUAUUUCAGAAAAUCAUGAUUCCUCUAGGACCUAUUCUGUUAACGAUUCCGCCAUGACUAGUGCACAUGUCAGCUACAAAGACACUUCUUGGACCUCAGAGAAAUCAGAUUUGUAUGCGUCUUUUGUGAAUGGACUGGCUAGUGCUGAGACAGAAGAUGGGUUUAUCCAUAAAAAACAGGUAAACGAGCACAAAAAACACUUUAAGUUACAGAACCAGUCUGUGGGGAAGAGAAAAGAGCACUACUUCGGAAAUGGUAGUUUCAGUUAUAUGAAUAACCCUUCCAAUGAAGUUGUGCAGCUCCCAUCUGAGGCCACUACUCAUCAGGCUUUACAGCAACAAGCUUCUAGUCCAGAUUCCUAUAAUUAUUUACAGAAUCCUCUGUCUUAUCUGCCUUCAGAUAAUACCCAGUUGUCCGAUCCAACUUCUGUAAAUCCAAAUAUAUCUGGUGUCAAAUCUGAGAAUAAUGACUUAACAUCCCCUUCACCAAGGAAUUCGUCCAAUACAUCCAAUCAGUUGCCGACCAUGGAGAGUUCUCAUGACUCUCCAUUUCAGGUGACUGCUCCAGCAGGGCGUGGAAAAAGAGAGAAGCUACAUAGUCGUCAUAGCAGUCGAUCUUCUGGUACUAGUAGUCUUAAGAAUGCAAAUGUGAUGGUGCAGGCAGCCAUAGGUGAUCCUGGCUCGACAGGAAAACAAGUCCACUGUUAUGGAGAUAAAGUUGAGAAUCAUAGUGAUAUUGAAGGAGUGAGCUUUGUGAUUCCUACAGAAUUAGGUUCCUCAAAUAUACAAGAAAGCUCAACUAUGAGUCCGGGCGUGAAUGAUAUUUCACUGGAAGCAGCCAGUUUUCGCCAGCUUCAGCUUGUUAUGGAACAGUUGGAUUUGAGAACAAAGUUAUGCAUAAGGGACAGUUUGUACCGUCUGGCACGGAGUGCUGAGCAAAGACAUAACCAUGCAAAGUUCAAUGGUGGUUGUGGGGAAGAAAGAGACGCCAGUGGAGCAUUCCUGGCUGAAGGAACAAAUCAUUUCAUGGAUAUGGAAACAGAUACAAAUCCUAUAGACCGUUCAAUUGCGCACUUAUUAUUUCACAGACCUUCAGAAUCACAUGCAGUACCUGCCCAUGAUUCAUUGCCUUUCAAGUCACCCGGCGCGGUCCAUGGAUCUCUCACAAGUCCACCCAUAGUAGUCGAUAAUUUGGUUAAUUGUGAAGAAGCUGCCUCAGAAAUAGAGAAGCUCUCUGACCGCUGAGUGCAAGUGCUAUGAGGGAAUCUCAUUUCGGCCACGUUACAAGUGUUGUGAGUGAGCUAUAGGAGAGGCCUCAAGCAUACAAGCACAGUCACUCCAAAUUUUCAGAUGCCAUAUACCUUGAGUUUCUGGUUUCAACUCUGUUGGGGCGAUUCUGGUAACAGUUUACAUGAUAAGCUGUUUAAUGUUUCACACAUUUACAGAUUUUUUUUUACCUCUGUAAUUCCAAAUCCUGGUUAAUACUGUCUCCAUGGUCAUUAUACACAAUCCAAUUGACUUUAACUACCAGGACAAACUAAAGUUACUGA